UGGGCCUUGGCGUACAUACUGUACCCACUUUGCGAUCGACCUCAACGACUGCAUGUACUAGAACCUGCGAUCUACGUCUUAAUAUCAGUAUUGAUCAUUCAAUAACGCCUUGCUUGAGUCAGCUGCUCGGCCGUCGCUCGCACUGUCACCUCACACCUCUCAGCUGAAGCCUAACUUACCGGAUCACUGCUGGCCAUGUCGAGCACGGGAGCGCACCUGCUUUCCCUGAAGGUGAUGAGGGUCUCGCGACCUUCUGUAGCGAGCGCAUGGGAACCCUUCUACUCGAGCUCUCCGUCGUUCUCUGCACACUCUACCACCUCCAUAGUAUCACUUCAAGGGAAGACAGCUCUAAUAGGUCACCCGAAGACGCUCCGCGACCUCAGCCAUGUUACCGAAAUGCUUAUGCUACCGUCCUCGUUCGGAGCCAUCCAGCUUGGAGAGACAUUCACGAGCUGCGUAUCAGUCAACAACGAAGCAAAUGUCCCGGUUGAAGCUGUCACCCUGACUGUGGAAGUGCAGACAGCGUCGACAAAGACCGUGUUGGCGGAGUUUGGCGGCGAGGGACAGCAGUUGGGCCCGGGCGAAUCGCUAGAGAGGGUCGUGAGCCAUGAGAUCAAGGAGUUAGGCCAGCACGCAUUGGCAUGCACGGUAUCGUAUCGUAUCCCCUCCAGCACACGUGCCUCUACAAGCACGGAUGGGAUCAACUCGGACAUGCUCGUCUUCCGAAAGUUCUACAAAUUCGCUGUGACGAAUCCCUUGUCUGUAAAGACCAAGGUGCAUGUACCACGGGGACCGUCUGCCCUGCUCUCUCGCGAGGAGCGGGAGAAGGUCUUCCUCGAGAUCCACAUCCAGAAUCUUACGCAAGACGCAAUGUGGCUGGACCGUAUGCAUCUGGAGUGCGCCGAAGGCUGGCAAUACCAAGACGCAAACAUGAUGGAUAGCGGUGAUGGCCUUGGGAACGAGAGUAUGUUCUCCGGCUCGAUGGCAUUGAUGCAGCCCCAAGAUAUGCGGCAGUACAUAUACAUCCUCUCCCCGUCUCAACGCGCCGUAUUCCCUGUACCGCACCAGCCAGGGACCAUCGUACCCCUCGGACGACUGGAUAUCUCUUGGAGAUCAUCAUUUGGGGAACCAGGGCGGCUCCUGACAUCGAUGCUGUCUCGCCGAAUACCUCUCAUACAAGCCCCAGCGCAGCCAGCUCCAAUCCCACCGCCCAAACAACCCGCAUCUGCCAUUCCCCUCCACCUGCAGCGUUCCACAUCCGUCGCUCAACCCGCUCCUUCACGUCCUCGAUCACCUCAGCCUAGUCAGAGACCCACCAGCCCUCCUAGCAACGUCCCAUAUCGAUCGAGCUCUCCGUUUCGCAGCCGCACGGUGCCUUCACCAGCCCCACCUGCGUCCGCACCUCCAAGCACAUCGGUCUCUGCACCGGCGCGUCGCCCGGAAGACGUACAGCUAGACCUCGUCGUCCGCACCAUACCGCGCGAGUCCGUCAGGGUAGACAAGCCAUUCACAGUCGCCUUCACCGUGAACGUUGCCAGCCCAGUGCCUCUCCCUCGUCCAGGAGAGCCCCGACAGGCACGCGUACUGUCAUUCGCGGUACAGCACACACAGCCUCUACGACCCGUCACCGUCCCGCUCGUCUCCACCACGUUCGCGGCGCCGAACAAGGCGGAGCCCCUGAGCCCUCGUAUGGUGUCCGGCAUGUCGACGCCGUCGCCCUUCGGGACGCCGCAGAGAGCGGACUUCCAGGACUUCUUGGCGCAGAGGCUCCUGGUGGCAUCGCCGCGCGGGACGAACACGGACGACGAUGCGCAGACCGAGACGGGCGUCGCUGGGACGCCUGCACUACCGGGGGUGCCUUCGCACAUCACGAAGGUCAUCCUGCCGCCGCCGUUCGCGGACGGCGCUGCGGACGGGAAGGCCUCUGCCCGCACCUCGCACAUCGUGUAUCAGGGCUCGUCGGCGCUCUUCUUGCCCCAGCUCAAGCUAACGGCGCCGGCGGGCAUUUCGGGCACUGGCGAAGGGGGCGCGUCUGCUGCGCCCGGUCAUGAGAGGAACGUCAGCACGAGCACGGCGGGCAGCGCGGACAGCGAGCUGCAAGAUUUCUCGAGGAGCACGUCGGUGAGGGUCGUCCGGUCUCAGGACUUCGAGCUGUCUUAUCUGCCGUUGCGGGCCGGGUUCGCUGCGUUCGGUGGUUUGCGGGUGUUGUUGAUCGAGGACAGGAUCGUGGAUGAAGGCGAGGAGGUUGUCGCGGACGUCGCACAGGAUCACCCACAGCUUAGGGUGCUGAAGGAGUGGGACGUGGUCGGAGAGGUUUGGAUCGAGUCGUAACUUAUGCUGAUCAUUUGCUGUGGCUUUGGCGUCGCCCUGGUCGGUUAUAGGACACCGAGUUCUGAAUUCUCUCCAGCUUUAGCGCGGUGGCCACACGUCCUCAGAUGUCCUCAAUUGGACCCAGCGAGAAGCGCUCGUUGCCGGGUGUCCUGCAACCCAAUGACAGCAAAGACACUGCACACAUCGGACCGCUCAGGAUAAUGUGGUCGCUCCUUCCGUCGUCCAGUAGCUCGGAGAUUGUACAGGAACCCUGGUCU